UGCCUGCUGCCCGGGCUGGCUGCUGGCCGCUGGGCUCGGGAUGACGCCACCUCUCGCUCCGCCCCGGCGCAAACUCGCUCCCUGCGUUCAUUUCAUUCCUGCUCUCAUUCCGAGCAUUCUUCGUAUCUGUCAGUGCGCGAAAGCGAUUCACCUACACCUUUGCUGGCUGGCCCAGAAACACCAGAAUAACUUGACAUAGUAUUCCAAAUACUCAGUAACAAUACAAUAACAAAAGAGAGGGACAUUUGUACAUGAGAUUUCAGUAAUAAGUUGCUUCUGCCGGGAGUUGGUGGAUAUUUCACGGGGGGAUUUUCGAAGCUGCGUGGAACGGAGAAACACGGAGGGGAGACUUGUUGCUUCGGCACGUUUCUGACGGGCCACUUUUCAGAUCGCCAUCGAAGUUCUGCGUGUUUCUCCCUUGUCUGCUCCAGGCUUUAGCUUGGAGAGCCCGACUGCCAAGAUUGAUCCCAGCAGCUGGAGCGGCAGCGAAAGCCCUGCCGAGGACAUGGAGAGGAUGAGUGAUUCAGCAGACAAGCCUGUGGACAAUGAUGCUGAAGGGGUGUGGAGCCCCGACAUUGAACAAAGCUUUCAAGAAGCUCUGGCCAUCUACCCUCCAUGUGGUCGAAGGAAGAUCAUCCUUUCUGAUGAGGGAAAGAUGUAUGGUCGAAAUGAACUGAUAGCCAGAUACAUCAAGCUCCGUACCGGAAAGACGAGGACCCGGAAGCAGGUGUCUAGUCACAUACAGGUCUUAGCAAGAAAGAAAGUUCGAGAAAUCCAAGCUGCCAUUAAGGUGUCUAGUCACAUUCAGGUUCUUGCCAGAAGAAAAUCUCGUGAGUUUCAUUCCAAGCUAAAGGUUACAAGUAUGGACCAAGCUGUGAAAGACAAAGCCCUCCAGAGCAUGGCCUCCAUGUCCUCGGCUCAGAUCGUCUCUGCCACGGCGAUUCACAAUAAGCUGGGUCUGCCGGGCAUCCCUCGUCCAGCCUUUCCUGGAGCAGGGUUAUGGCAGGGUAUGAUAUCAGCUGGUCAACCAGGAUCCUCACAAGACAUUAAGCCUUUCACCCAGCAACCCUAUCCCAUCCAGCCAGCAGUCACAACAACCAUUUCAAGUUAUGAUCCCUCAGCGGCUCCGACACCCACAGCACCAGCAUGGCAGGGCCGCUCCAUCGGUACUUCUAAACUCCGGCUGGUGGAGUUCUCCGCCUUCUUGGAACAACAGAGAGACCCAGACUCUUACCAUAAGCAUCUGUUUGUACAUAUUGGACAGAUAAAUCAUUCCUACAGUGACGCCCUGCUGGAGUCAGUGGACAUUCGUCAGAUUUAUGACAAAUUCCCUGAAAAGAAAGGGGGCCUGAAAGAGCUUUAUGGAAGAGGACCCCAGAACUCCUUCUUCCUCAUCAAAUUCUGGGCUGACUUGAACUGCAAUAUUCAGGAUGAGACCGGAUCUUUCUACAGAGUCACCAGUCAGUAUGAAAGUUCAGAGAACAUGACCAUUACAUGCUCAACAAAGGUCUGCUCCUUUGGCAAACAAGUGGUGGAGAAGGUUGAGACGGAAUAUGCUCGCUUUGAGAACGGACGAUUCGUCUACCGGAUAAGUCGGUCUCCGAUGUGUGAAUACAUGAUCAACUUCAUCCACAAGCUUAAGCAUCUGCCCGAGAAAUACAUGAUGAACAGCGUGCUGGAGAACUUCACCAUCUUAUUGGUGGUAACAAACAGGGACACCCAGGAGACGCUGCUGUGCAUGGCGUGUGUGUUUGAAGUCUCAAACAGUGAGCACGGGGCCCAGCAUCAUAUCUACAGACUGGUUAAAGAAUGAACACCCCCUCCCCGUCUCUACCACCCCCUCUACACACGCUGUCUAUUUUUCCAGAGACCUACAACCUCAAAGCAAGUGGCAGUGCCUCUUCAUGAAAGUUGUACCUUUAGUGCUCUUUAGACGGUUGAAGUGAGUUCUGCUCAGUUCAGGUUGAAAGACGUGUUUGUUAUUUGACUGCUGCUGUGAAUUGCGGUACAGUUGUUUUAUGGGAACAUUUCUUUUUCAAAUAUGUUGGCUUGGUUUCUGAUGGGUUCUUUUUAAGAACCAACUAUAAUAUGUAAGUAAGAUAAAAGCCACACGUCGUCUUUGUUGUUUAAAAUAUAAAAAAAAGGAUGCAGCACGUGGUUUGUAUGUUAUGUUUUAAGAGUGUUUUAUAUGUAUGUGCUUCUUUGUCUCUGAGAAUCCAUACUGCAGAUAUACAGACGUUCGCCCACGGCAGAUAGAUUUCCCAAAGAAACAGAGCUGACAGUAGCUAUGAGCAGGUGGUUGUGAAUAUUGUAAAAGUUUCUUUUGUCUUUUAAGAAAAACAAACUCGGCUUUCAGUCUGAUGCAUUUCCCUGUGAAAGCACUCCAGGUUCCCGAGAAUGAAUGCACUGUGAAAAAAAAGUCUUGCCUUCAUCUGCUCUAUAAAUGUGGAAAUACACGCACCUGCUUACUGUAACUGGGCAAAAAACAAAAAUGUAUUUUGCUUUUCUAAAGUGACUGAAUCGGACUCAUCUCAUCCAAAAGCACUUUGUUCUCCUGCCAGUGCUCACCUUAGCGAUUCUCCCUUUUGAUCUGUCUUUCAAAGAGCAGGUUAAAUUGUUGUGGCUGUACAAAUCACUGCAGCUUCAUGCCUUUGUUCAGUGUGCCGCAGCGUCGCACCUUCCUGGCCUUUCUGGGUUGGUGCUGUCAUUUCUUCUGCCUUCGUGCUCACAUGAAAUUCACAUGUUUGCGUGGCCUACACGUAUCCCCAAGCCUUAAACAUGCUAUGUGUACUCCAAAAGACGCCACUAAAACUGUGAUCUCUUCAUAGAAACAUUUGUUUUGUCGUUUCUUUGUGUAAUCAGUACAAUCUGCCAAAGUGUAAGUGUAUAGUGCCUUAGAAUAUACUCAUUACACCUUUAUUUUAGUUUAAAAAACAAUUUUAUGAACACAAAAGAUGUACUCUUUGGUACUGCUUGACACAAAAUUCUACUUCAUUUUUGAGACGCAGUACAUGUCUGUUCAGAAACCUUUAUAAACUCAGAGAGAGCUUAUUUUUCUCUUAAGAUAAAAGGACUUAGACACAGACCAACUACCUGUCACUUUGUCAAACACUCACAAGAAAAAGGAAAAAAAAUUUUUUUUGUCAUGUCCUGCUUGGUAGUGAGGAAGUGCCUUUGGUUUCCAAAUUCCCAGCUUCAAAAGGUUGAAAAAGAAAUUAAAAAAUGACAUGUUGCUCAACCAAAAAGAAACCAGUCACCGCAUUGCCUUUUCUAAGGACUAAUGACAGCAGGGGAAAGAUAGCUGGUGCUUGUAAAAAAAAAAAUUUAAAAUCCAUAUAAUCUGUUUUAAUUUGAAGAAAUCAGAAAGUCAGUUGAGGUUAGAGACUUUUCUUUUUUGUUUGAAAUUUGUGUUCCCGUUGACUGCACGCAAAAGGCAAAAAGGUUGAAGCCGCCUGCUUCAUGCACACUUGCAGGCUCAAGUGUUUGGGAAAAGGUUUUAGGACGCCACGGCUCUGUUGAACACGCUGGACUGACUCCAUUAUUGAAAACUGCUGUGAUCCCAACAGAACGGCAACAGUUCACAAACUUAAAAAAAUCGUAUUUGUAAAGGGAAUUUUAGGUUUUAAAAGUCCUUUAAAGCCUUUAAUAAAUAGAACGUUGCUUUCUGUAGCGGGUGGAGGAGGCAUCACGGCUACUUUAAAGUUCAUGAUUACACUUUUUAGAGAUUCUCACUAAGAAUGUAAUAAUUUGAAAUAGUUUAAUUAAAGAAUUUCUAGAUAAUUGCAGAUAUUAUCUUGGGGGGGGAGUGCAGACAGAGUUCAAUCAUUCAGUAUUUUUUGCCACAGUGAUGAAACCGUGGAAACUUAAUUGUUUUUCCUAUUUGUUUCUACUUAUUUUAUGUUUACCUUUUGUGUAGCUGUUCCCGUUUCUGAAUUCCCGUCUUUACUGAGGCGUUUCUGUCUCCUUAAUGUACUUGUGUGCUCGGUUUAGUGAUGCCAUUCUCUGUAUAUUUGCGGUAAGAUGGUUUUGUUGUUGCUGCUGUUACAGUCUGACAUUUUCACACUAAAACCGCUGGCGUGAUGCCUUUAAUGGCCCAGAUGCCUGGUGGAGCAAGGGAAAAUGGACUCAAAAACACACAUAAACAGCUAAGUUCAAUCACUCGACGAACAUAUCAGCAGUUUAGUUUUUGUUAUUUGUGUUUUUCGUUUUCAGAGUAGGUACUGGUACCUUUCUGUUUUGGAAACCAUCUCUGAUGGUGGCUUUAAAGUGGUUCUUGAUGUAGCUUAAACACAGCUAUCAUUUACUCACUUGGGAUUUAUGUGCGGAUGUUUUUUUCUGUAAAGAGGCGCUUUGUAUAAAACGUGUAUCUUAGCUUUUCUUGGUACAGAUGUGUAUUAUCUUUUCAUGACUGUAAAAGGGCAACAGAUAGAAAAAAUGAUGCUCUGUUUCAGUGUUUGCAUAUGGUCUCGUCUUUGCUCCAUGAUAUUAUGAUGCCUUCUUGGAUACAGUAGAUAUUUUGUAGCUUUCUAAAUACUUUCUAUGUAUGCAAUAUUGAAGUAAAAAAUAAAUAAAUCAUCUUGAAAAUA